AGCAAUCAGAAUCAGUUGCCUUCAACUCGUUCGUCUGUGAGGACGUUUCGAUUGGGAAAGCAGAAAUCGAAAAUUGAAAAGGUCUUUUAACAUUCAGUACGAUUUGAAUUGUUUUCGGUUGUCGCAGUGAUUAAACAAACUGUGCAAAGUGAUCGUUCUAGUCGAGUUUUUAAGAGAAGAUCGAAUCUGCUUUUUUGUAGUGUGGGUUGGAAGAUUGAAAGUAUCGUAUUCGUGCGAUCGGAAAUCGAAUAUCAAGUGUCGGAUAUUUAUGGUCUACAAAGUGCCAACCGUAAGAGCAGCUAAUGAAGCACUAUAAAUUGACCAGUGAGGAAUAAGCAAGUAUUGAACCGAUUUUUGUGCAUAUUGAAGGAAGCGUUUCCGGUGCAAUUUUUUGUGCAAGUAAACGGAUCUGAUGAUAGUUUAAGUGUGGAGCUGUGCACCGAAAUACGUGAAACAAGACCGUCACCAUCGGCUCUCACCAUGGUGCGAAGCCUAUCGCAGUGGACCAAAACGCUGAGCUUUCCGGCCCGGAUUUCGCCGAACCGGAACUCGAAGGAGUGCAACGUUAACGUGUUGCCAAUUACACCACCCCCAGCACCUCCUCGUAACAAACCGUUGGCGACAACAAGUUCGUCAAACUCCUCUUCUAACUCAUCAACCACGUCGUCACCGUCGCCUCCACCAAAUGUGCCAAUAACGGAAAUUAGUCAAAUUAUUUAUCCGGAUCCGGAAUCAGAAAAGGCAAUCAUGGGUUCGCUGGUGUUUUGCAUCCAUCACAAGCAGGGUUGUAAAUGGUCAGACGAAUUACGAAAAUUGAAGGCCCAUCUGAACACCUGCAAGCACGAUGCCAUCCCCUGUCCCAACAAGUGUGGCUCACAGAUCCCGCGGGUUAUGAUGACCGAUCAUCUGGCAUUCACCUGCAUUUUGCGUCGUGCCAUCUGCGAGUUUUGCAACGUUGAGUUCACCGGUAUUGGACUGGAAGAGCAUGCGGGUACGUGCAGUUCCGAGCCAAUAUAUUGUGAGUCGAAAUGCGGAACACGUGUCGUUCGUGGUCGCAUGUCCAUCCAUCGUGCCAAAGAUUGUGCCAAAAGACUGCGUCGGUGUCCACACUGUAGUCGUGAAUUCAGUGCUGAUACCUUGUCCGCUCAUGGAGCCACGUGUCCUCGUUGCCCGGUUCCUUGUCCUCAGCGUUGUGACGCUGGUCCAUUUGCAAGGGCUGAUCUAGAAACACAUUUACGUGACGAGUGUAAAGCUCUGUCAGUACCGUGCACUUUCAAGGAAGCAGGCUGCCGGUUCAAGGGCCCUCGUCAUCUACUGGAAGCUCAUCUGGAAUCGAACACCUCAGCUCAUCUCUCACUGAUGGUUGCCCUAUCUAGCCGUCAAGGUCAACAAAUUAAUAUGCUUAAAAAUGCUAUGGCCAAACUGAGCACAAACUAUACCGGAACACUUUUAUGGAAGAUUACUGAUUGGUCGGCAAAAAUGAUCGAAGCUAAAAGCAAGGAUGGUCUAGAGCUGGUCUCACCUCCAUUCUACACCAGCCAGUAUGGCUAUAAACUUCAGGCCUCGAUGUUUCUAAAUGGCAACGGUCCCGGUGAAGGAUCACACGUAUCCGUGUAUAUAAAAGUUUUGCCAGGUGAAUACGACGCUCUUCUAAAGUGGCCAUUCUCACAUUCGGUUACGUUUACCUUGUUUGAACAGGGGACACUCGGAGGACAGGGUGGAGUUGCCGAAUCGUUCGUGCCCGAUCCAUCGUGGGAAAAUUUCCAACGCCCUUCAACCGAACCAGACGCUCUCGGAUUCGGCUUUCCACGGUUUGUGUCACAUGAAUUGCUCAACCGCAGGCCCUUCGUUCGGGAAGACACCGUAUUUCUACGCGUGAAAGUAGAUCCCAGCAAAAUCGUGGCAGUAUAACGAUAAAACAGAAUGAAAUAAUCUAUAGUGUAAGCAAAAUAUAUUGAAACAACGAGAGAACAAUGAACUGCAUUUAUCUUUAAUCAACUAGGUAUUUGUAAAUAUAGUGAGCGUGAGUUUCUAGGAAAACUAAACAGUUGUAAAUAUGAAUAAAAACAAAUCAACAUAAUGCUCACAAUUUGUGGCUUGCACCAAAAACACUUUGUACACAUUCAGUUGAAAGCGAACGCAAAAUCCAACGAAUCAGCUUGAAAAUCUCAAUAUUUAACAUUACGUGUUGUUACUUUACCAUUCUCAUUCACUAGUUUGUGCUUAGAGUAGGCGUCUUUUAUACGCUCAACAUUAACAACCUUGUUUCAUAGUUUUCUUUCCCAUUUUUAUUUAUCACAAAACGGAGAUCGAAACAGAACACAGAAUUAUGCCAAAGUUUUGUUUGGAUGGCUUUGUGCUAGGUACAAGUACCGAAGCUUAUGCAAAGCUCACAUCAUAAUCAAGUAAACAAACUUGAGCACUCAGCAGUGAGAGCAUCUUCUACUGAACAAUUUUCAUUGAAAUCCAAUUUUUGUUAAUGUUUCUGUGGAGUAAAUAUAAAUUCCGCAGGUUUGACUAAAAAUUGUAGAUAUAAGAUAACGUUUCGAGUCAUUAGAAUAACAUUCGUUAGCGGAUAAAGUGUAAUUCUCAAAAAUGCCCUACCGGCAUAGUUGUAUGCACUUUCAGCAAAUAGUUGCCAUCUCUGGCAAUUUGUUAGAGUUAUACUUCAACACAAAUUUAGUAUUAAGGCAUACUUGUAUUUAAACUGUAUUUAACCAUCAAGUGCAUUUACGGAUAACCUAAAUCAAAUUGAAAUACAAAAAUCAAAAUGCUGAUAAAAAUUA